AGUGAGGUGUGUUUGCAGUGCCAAAAUUAAACAUUCAGCUUCAUCAAGUGCUAUAAUCAGGGAUACAGAAUGGGUAGGUGGGGAAAUAGGGAAAUCUCAGCUUGUUCCCUUUAUCGUGUUAUAAAAGAUGUUGACAAACAUUUGGAAAAAGUGAGAGAUGGUAGGAGCAGGUUAGGAAGCAGUAGCUACAAAAAGCCGUGGACACUGUCAGCCUUUCUCUGCUGACAUUUUCAUGUAUUGAGGGAGGCUUUAUAUCCCUUUUAUUAUUUUUUUAACAUUUUCUGCAUAAUUCCAAUGAAGAACCUGAUGAGAACAUACCUGCUUCGUUUUUGUAAAUGUGUGGGGAAAGCAGCGCCUUUGCGCUUCUCUCAAUGAAAUGACAGGAUUGGCUCUGGGUUCCUACUCCCAGUAAGAGUCUCAGGCUCGUCGGUGAGGAACUCUGCACGGAGGUUGUUUUCACCUGGCAUGGCUGUGCUCUUCCUGAUGCUGCUGCUCUCCGUGGCUGAGAUGACUUCUCCUGUGGGUGUCUUGGGUAGAAUGAAAGCUGGCUCAAGGUGGAGAGGUGAAAAGAACCGCUCCCGUCUUCGUCAGGAGGAUUUUCCACCUCGCAUUGUUGAACACCCUUCAGACCUAAUCGUCUCAAAAGGAGAACCAGCCACAUUGAACUGUAAAGCCGAGGGCCGCCCCUCACCCACCAUUGAAUGGUACAAAGGUGGGGAGAGGGUGGAGACAGACAAAGAUGACCCUCGCUCACACCGAAUGUUGCUGCCAAGUGGAUCUUUAUUUUUCCUACGUAUAGUCCAUGGACGAAAAAGCAGACCUGAUGAAGGGGUCUAUGUCUGUGUAGCAAGGAAUUACCUUGGGGAGGCCGUGAGCCACAAUGCAUCGCUGGAGGUAGCUAUACUGCGGGAUGACUUCAGACAGAACCCUUCCGAUGUCAUGGUGGCAGUCGGGGAGCCUGCAGUAAUGGAGUGCCAGCCUCCGCGGGGCCAUCCAGAGCCCACCAUCUCCUGGAAGAAGGAUGGCUCACCACUGGAUGACAAAGAUGAAAGAAUCACUAUCCGAGGAGGAAAGCUCAUGAUUACUUACACCCGCAAGAGUGACGCUGGCAAGUACGUCUGCGUUGGUACCAACAUGGUUGGGGAGCGGGAGAGUGAAGCAGCAGAGCUUACCGUCUUAGAGAGACCAUCAUUUGUGAAGAGACCCAGCAAUUUGGCCGUCACUGUGGAUGACAGUGCGGAAUUUAAAUGUGAGGCCCGAGGAGACCCUGUGCCUACAGUUCGUUGGAGGAAAGAUGAUGGAGAGCUGCCCAAAUCCAGGUAUGAAAUCCGAGAUGAUCAUACUUUGAAGAUCCGGAAGGUAAUGGCUGGUGACAUGGGCUCCUACACUUGUGUGGCAGAAAAUAUGGUUGGAAAGGCCGAAGCAUCAGCUACUCUGACUGUCCAAGUUGGGUCUGAGCCUCCACAUUUUGUUGUGAAACCCCGUGACCAGGUUGUUGCCUUGGGAAGGACUGUGACCUUUCAGUGUGAAGCAACAGGAAACCCUCAACCAGCUAUUUUUUGGAGGAGAGAAGGGAGUCAGAAUCUGCUUUUCUCAUAUCAGCCACCACAGUCAUCCAGCCGGUUUUCAGUGUCCCAGACUGGUGACCUCACUAUUACUAAUGUGCAGCGGUCUGAUGUUGGUUACUAUAUUUGUCAAACUUUAAAUGUGGCCGGAAGUAUCAUCACAAAAGCGUAUUUGGAAGUUACUGAUGUGAUUGCAGACCGGCCUCCCCCAGUCAUUCGACAAGGUCCUGUGAAUCAGACUGUAGCAGUGGAUGGCACUUUAGUCCUCAGCUGUGUGGCCACAGGCAGUCCAGUGCCCACAAUUCUGUGGAGAAAGGAUGGAGUCCUGGUUUCAACCCAAGAUUCUCGAAUCAAACAGCUGGAGAGUGGUGUGCUGCAGAUCAGAUAUGCUAAGCUGGGUGACACUGGUCGGUACACCUGCAUCGCAUCAGCCCCCAGCGGCGAGGCAACAUGGAGUGCUUACAUUGAAGUCCAAGAAUUUGGAGUUCCAGUUCAACCUCCACGACCCACUGACCCAAAUUUAAUCCCCAGUGCCCCAUCAAAGCCAGAAGUUACAGAUGUCAGCAAAAAUACUGUUACAUUAUCAUGGCAGCCAAACUUGAACUCAGGAGCGACACCAACAUCUUAUAUUAUAGAAGCCUUCAGCCAUUCAUCUGGUAGCAGCUGGCAGAAUGUGGCUGAAAAUGUAAAAACAGAAACAUUUGCUAUUAAAGGACUCAAGCCUAAUGCAAUCUACCUUUUCCUAGUGAGAGCAGCUAAUGCCUAUGGGAUUAGUGACCCGAGCCAGAUAUCAGAUCCCGUAAAAACACAAGAUGUUCCACCAACAAGCCAAGGGGUGGACCACAAACAGGUCCAGAGAGAACUUGGGAACGUCGUCCUGCACCUCCACAGCCCAACCAUCCUUUCUUCGUCUUCAAUCGAAGUGCACUGGACAGUGGACCAACAGUCUCAGUAUAUCCAAGGAUAUAAGAUUCUUUAUCGGCCAUCUGGAGCCAGCCACGGUGAAUCCGAUUGGUUAGUUUUUGAAGUGAGGACACCAAGCAAAAACAGUGUGGUUAUCCCUGACCUCAGAAAAGGAGUCAACUAUGAAAUUAAGGCUCGCCCAUUUUUUAAUGAAUUCCAAGGAGCAGAUAGUGAAAUCAAGUUUGCCAAAACCUUAGAAGAAGCACCCAGUGCUCCACCUCAGAGUGUAACGGUAUCAAAGAAUGAUGUAAAUGGGACAGCAAUCCUUGUUACGUGGCAGCCCCCUCCCGAAGACACUCAAAAUGGAAUGGUCCAAGAAUAUAAGGUUUGGUGCCUGGGCAAUGAAACUCGAUUCCAUAUAAACAAGACCGUAGAUGGCUCCACCUUUUCUGUGGUCAUCCCCUCUCUGGUUCCUGGGAUCCGAUACAGUGUGGAAGUGGCAGCCAGCACUGGUGCUGGUCCUGGGGUGAAGAGUGAGCCUCAGUUCAUCCAGUUAGAUUCCCAUGGAAACCCUGUGUCGCCAGAGGACCAAGUGAGCCUCGCUCAGCAGAUAUCUGACGUGGUGAAGCAGCCGGCUUUCAUCGCGGGCAUUGGAGCAGCCUGCUGGGUCAUCCUCAUGGUCUUCAGCAUCUGGCUGUACAGGCACCGCAAGAAGAGGAACGGACUGGCCAGCACCUACGCGGGUAUCAGGAAAGUCCCGUCUUUUACCUUCACACCAACAGUAACUUACCAGAGAGGAGGCGAAGCUGUGAGCAGUGGAGGGAGGCCAGGCCUUCUCAACAUCAGUGAACCUGCCACACAGCCAUGGCUAGCCGACACCUGGCCCAAUACUGGCAACAACCACAAUGACUGCUCCAUCAGCUGCUGCACAGCUGCCAACGGGAACAGUGACAGCAACCUGACAACAUACAGUCGCCCAGCUGACUGUAUAGCCAAUUAUAACAACCAGCUGGAUAACAAACAGACCAAUCUGAUGCUCCCUGAGUCAGCAGUGUAUGGUGAUGUGGACCUUAGUAACAAAAUCAAUGAGAUGAAAACCUUCAAUAGCCCAAAUCUGAAGGACGGGCGUUUUGUCAAUCCAUCAGGGCAGCCCACUCCAUACGCCACUACACAGCUCAUCCAGUCCAACCUCACCAACAACAUGAACAACGGCGGCGCGGACUCCAGUGAGAAGCAUUGGCAGCCUCCUGGGCAGCAGAAGCAAGAAGUGGCACCGAUUCAGUAUAACAUCAUGGAGCAAAACAAGCUGAACAAAGAUUAUCGAGCAAAUGACACAAUUCCUCCAACUAUCCCAUACAACCAACCCUAUGAGCAGAACACGGGAGGAUCUUACAACAGUUCAGACCGGGGCAGUAGUACAUCUGGAAGUCAAGGGCACAAGAAAGGGGCACGGACACCCAAGGUACCAAAACAGGGCGGCAUGAACUGGGCAGACUUGCUCCCUCCGCCCCCAGCACAUCCUCCCCCCCACAGCAACAGUGAGGAGUACAGUGUGUCUGUCGAUGAAAGCUAUGACCAGGAAAUGCCAUGCCCUGUUCCCCCUGCGAGGAUGUAUUUGCAACAGGAUGAGCUAGAAGAGGAAGAUGAUGAGAGAGGCCCCACACCUCCUGUGCGGGGGGCAGCUUCUUCUCCAGCUGCUGUUUCCUACAGCCAUCAGUCCACUGCCACUCUGACCCCGUCCCCACAGGAAGAGCUCCAGCCCAUGUUACAGGACUGCCCAGAGGAAAUUGGCCACAUGCAGCACCCACCCGACAGAAGACGGCAGCCCGUGAGCCCGCCGCCGCCGCCGCGCCCCAUCUCCCCGCCGCACACCUACGGCUACAUUUCUGGCCCGCUCGUCUCGGACAUGGACACGGACGCGCCCGAGGAGGAGGAGGACGAAGCCGACAUGGAAGUAGCCAAAAUGCAGACCAGAAGACUUUUGUUGCGCGGGCUCGAGCAGACCCCGGCCUCCAGCGUCGGGGACCUGGAGAGCUCUGUCACCGGGUCCAUGAUCAACGGCUGGGGCUCGGCCUCGGAGGAGGACAACAUCUCCAGUGGCCGCUCCAGCGUGAGCUCCUCCGACGGCUCCUUCUUCACCGACGCCGACUUUGCGCAGGCCGUGGCCGCCGCAGCCGAGUAUGCGGGCCUGAAGGUGGCCCGUCGCCAAAUGCAGGAUGCGGCAGGCCGCCGGCAUUUCCACGGGGCUCAGUGCCCCCGUCCCACGAGUCCUGUGUCCACUGACAGCAACAUGAGCGCCGCCGUCAUGCAGAAAGCGCGGCCAGCCAAGAAGCAGAAGCACCAGCCGGGACACCUGCGCAGAGAACCCUACGCAGAUGAUCUUCCACCUCCUCCAGUGCCACCACCUGCUAUAAAAUCACCCACUGUCCAGUCCAAGGCACAGCUGGAGGUACGACCCAUAAUGGUGCCGAAACUGGCUUCUGUAGAAACAAGAACAGACAGAUCAUCGGAUAGGAAGGGUGGCAGUUACAAGGGGAGAGAACCAUUGGAUGGAAGACAAGUUGCUGAGCUGCGAACAAAUCCAGUUGAUCCCAGAGACGUGCAGGAGCAGCAAGUUGAUGGAAAAGGACGAGGGACCAAGGCAGCCAAACGGGACCUUCCCCCGGCCAAGACUCACCUCAUGCAAGAGGAUAUUCUACCUUACUGUAGACCUACUUUUCCAACAUCAAAUAACCCCAGAGAUCCCAGUUCCUCAAGCUCAAUGUCAUCAAGAGGAUCGGGAAGCAGACAGAGAGAACAAGCAAAUGUAGGUCGAAGAAAUAUGGCAGAAAUGCAAGUACUCGGAGGAUAUGAAAGAGGAGAAGAUAAUAAUGAAGAAUUAGAGGAAACUGAAAGCUGAAGACACCUGGGGAGGCUCAUGAGCUCCAUGUGAAAAGCAUCCCUCCAGAUGCCUCAUGUCUGAUGACACGUGACGCCAGAUAAAAUGUUCAGUGCAAUCACAAUGUUCAAAUUGUCGUUUUUAUUCCUCUUAUUGGGAGACCAUUUUUAAAAAUUUUAUUGGGUUUUUAUUGUUGCUUUUUGAUUCCCUAACCCUUGACCCACAUCCCUCUCCCCCUCGCAGCUGCAGGCAUACCAUCUGACUGCUUGAUUCAGUUGACAGCCAGCAAGAAAGAACAGAAAAGUGCUUUUGCAUUUUGCCCCUGAGAUAUGGCAUUGCACUGCUUAUAGAGCGAGCUAAUUUAUUAAGCAAAAUAGUGAUCAAAGUGGAUUGAUCAACUUCACGCCAAGGGCUCUCAAAGUAUAUUCUUUCUAUAACCAACAGCUAAUGCAAAUGAAUGCAUACUUCAUUUUAACAUGAUUUUAAAAUCAGUCCUUCAUACCACCCUUUGCUGGGAGAGGAUAAACCAACAGCAAAGGCAGAGUUACAGAUCAUUUGAAUGGGUAGAACGUUGUAAAUAUAUGCUCUUUGCAACUCCUGGUGGUACUUUAUUUUGUCUUCAUUUCAGUCAUGGAAGUAUAUUCUUCUUGGACAUGUACUUUUGGACAAGUAGGGCUAAGACAGUUGGACCUUUCGUUGUCUAGUCUGUUGUCAGAAGUAAGCCUAUCAGAAACAUUGUUCUAUUUUUCAAUCAGAAAAAAACUGCAAAUGCAUAGUACAAACAAGUGGAUGGUUGUAAUGACCACGUGAGCAAGGACAUCCCUAUCUUAACUGGCCUCAACGUCUUCUGGUGGUGUCAGUUCAACUUUCAGAAGUGCCACUUAAGGAAGUUUGUUUGAUUUUUGUUUUUGUAAUGCACUGUUUUUAAUCUUUUUUUUUUUUUUUUGGUUUUAAAAGCACAAUCACUAAACUUUAUUUGUAAACCAUUGUAACUAUUAACCUUUUUUGUCUUACUGAAAGAAAAAUGUUGAGAAGUGUUUUUAACCUGUUUUGUUAAUGCUCUAUGUUUGUAUUUGGAAUAUUUGAAUGACAGAUGGUGAAGUAAUGUGCAGACUUUAUUGUGGGCUGUGAACCAAAUGGUUCAUACUUUUCCUGGAACUAAAGAAAAAAACAAAUGGUUUAAAUUUGUUGUGGCCAAUGUCAAAACUUGCAAAAGUACCUUAUAAGCUCAGAUAGAGGCAUUACUUGCUUGGAAUUGCCAAAUGAUGCUCUCUGACUGUAGAUUUGUAGAUUUUUAUGGUUUUUUGUCAUUAUAAAAUUUUCAUUCUCUUUAUAAUUGGUGCUAUUUGAAAAAAAAUAGAACAUGUAUUCAUACACAGGUAUCAGGCCUGAUCCCACUGGAAAACAAAGCCAAACAAAACUGAGCCACAAAGAAAACGCUGGUGUUCACCAAAAAUUAAAUGUGUUCAUUUAGAUAAUUUGAAAAUGUCCCAUAGAAAAGUGUGCAGUGCUAAGGGAACAAUCCAUGUGAUUAAUGUUUUCAUUAUGUUCAUGUAAGAAGCCUCUUAUUUUUAGCCAUAAUUUUGCAUACUGAAAAAAAUCCAAUAAUCAGAAAAGUAAUUUUGUCACAUUAUUUAUUAAAAAUGUUCUCAAAUACA